GACAAUGUCUAAGUUUGUUGUCACAACAGUUUGUUUGAAUUUAAGUGCUAGUUAUAUUUUAUAUGUUAUGGGCAAUUAAUAUUAUUUCAAUAAUUUCAAUUUACGUAAAGAUUAUGAGAUUUAACUAAUCUGAGCACAUAUAGAACAAUCGUAAGUUAUGAGCGAGACAGAUGACACUGAUGAUUUACUCUUAAUUCCUCCAGAUUUUUUUGUUAUUGAUACAGAGAUUGACUACAGUAGAGGCAAUUUAGGUCCGUAUUAUGAAAUAAUAGAUAAUCUUGUAACAGAGGUCAUUAAUUUACAAGACCGGGUAGGUUCAAUUGAAACAAAUAGUGAUCGUAGUUUAAUUGGAAGUUCAGUUGAUUUGUAUGAUAAAAGUCGUAGAAUGUCUGAAUUUCGUAAAUAUAACAGUACUGAUGACUUGUACUACCCAAUUAGUGCACAGAGCACACCUCAAAAGAGUCCUAAAUUUAGAAUGCGUUCAUUACCUGCCAGCCCCAACAUAAAAGAUAACACAAAAAGAGUAUUUUCUAAUAGAAGGUCUCCAAGAAAAAAAUUAAACCUUGAUAAUAAUACCCAUAAUGAUAAAUUAAAAGGUGGUGGAGAAAUGCUUCUAGAAAUUGAUAAUUUUUUAUCUAAAGUAAAGACUAUUCAGAGAUUCAAUACUGCAAGAAAUUUAGAAAACGAAUUUGAAAUUUAUAAUGAGGAGAGUAAUCAACUGAAAAAUAUGCAUCAUAUAGAUGAACUCUUAAAAGAUUUAGAUGAGCAAAAGAAACACCUUGAGGAUCGUCUUAAAUCUAAAGAAGAGGAAAUUCUUGCAAAAGAGCCCCCAAUUAUUAAAAAACACACAUGGAAAUGUGAGGAUGAGGAUUUAACAGGAGUUAAAAAUACACCUGAUGAUAUAUGUAAUGAAGAACGAUUUAAAAAAUCAAUUUUUGUUCCACCUACAGCACAUUUAACUUCUAAUGUGGAAACUAGAAAGAGUCCAGAUCUUAGCACAAGUUCUGAUUCCACACAGGCUACAGCAGUUUAUAAUUUUAAAGGAAAACAAGAACUGUUAAAUAAUCCAUUACAUUCAAAUGCAAUGAGUAUUUUAAAUAUGCACAAACAAUUGGAAGACUCCAUUGAAGAAACCAUCAAUAGUAACAAACAUGGCACACUUCAAUGUAAAAGCAGAACUGAAAAUAGUCAGUUAGACCUCAUAAGUUUGAAUGAUAUCUGGAAUCCCAGUCAACAGCAAAGUGGUAGUGUUUUGAAACAUAAAUUGAAUGAAGAGAAAUUACGAAGACAGCAUUGUGAAAUGUUGAUUGGGGAUCUUCAGCAACGAAACUUGGAAAUGCAACAGAAAAUUGCUGUUGCAAUUAAAGUUGAUCAGGCAAAAGACAGUGUGGUUAAUCAAUUAAGAGGACUUUUAGAAAAUAUUCACAAUAAAUUGGAAAAGUCUUGUAAAGAUAAAGUUGAGCUUGAGAGGGAAUUAGAUAAUAUUAAACAGAAAUAUGAGAAUGAUCUUGAAGAAGCCAGGCAGAGAGUUGAAUUUUAUGAAAAAGAAACUACCAAAGCAUUAAACAUGGCCCAUGGAAAUGGUGGCAAACUUUCAACAUUAGAGAACAAAUGUACAGAGCUAACUCAAGAACUUUCACAAAUUGGGGCUAAGCUUGAUGAAGUUAAAGAAAAUUAUCAUAAUGAAACUGAAAAAAAUAAACAGUUAAAUGAUAUUAUUGCUUCAAAAGAACUGGAAUUAAUGGAGCAAAAAUCUCUUCUGACACAAGCAAGACAAGAAGUUUCAUCUUCUAGGGAAACAAUUGAAAUUUGUCAAAAAGAACUUGCAUCAAUGAGAAGAGAAUGUGAUAAACUAGAAAAUACAUUAAAAACUGAAAAGAAGCAAUAUGCAGCCUUAACAGAACAACAAAAAUCUUUAUCAGAACAACUAGAGAAAAAAACUAAAUCAGAGAAACAAUUAAAAGAAGAAAUUAAUAAAUCCAAGGAACAGAUCAAUUCUAAUAAAAUAGAACUGAGAAACUUUUAUCAAGGCCAGGUAGAAUUGUUAGUACAAAAUAAAUUGAAAGAAUUUCAGGAUCAAUUAGAUAAAGCAGAAAAUUCUUUUAAAGAUGAACUUAAAAGGAAAGAGUUGCAAAUUGCAAAAACUGCUGCAAUACAUAUGCAACAACUUACUGAAAAAUAUGCUUUGGAAAUUAAAUUAAUGGAAGAAAAGCAAGAAGAAGAAAUCAAGCUUUAUCAAAUACAAAUUAUGCAAUACAAGGAUGAAGUUCAAGCACUCAAAUCUAAGAUGGAACAUCUUCAUGAAAGGAGAAAUUUACAAGUCCAACAGCUUCAGAAAAUAAUGGAAAAUCAAUGGAAUGAAGCAUUGAAAAUAAUUGCAAAUGCCAAAUGUCCAAGUCCAACCUCCCAAUAUGAACAACUUAAUUCCUUAAAGGCAAAAUCGUACAACAACUUGGAGGAAGUUUUGUCACAAGAUGAACAUUUUCUAGAAAACAACAUAAAUCCAUCUAGAAAUAAAGUAUUUUUCAAUGAAAAUACACGUGAUGACAAAGGAUCAGGGUUCAAAGCAGAAAGUAGACGUCUAAAUUUCGAUGAUACACAUAAUGAAACCCCGAUUUCAAGUCGAAUGCCACUUAGUGAUAAUGACUUACAGAAAAUCAUACAUAUGUUAAUAAAUAGUAAUAAGGCACCUGACUCGCAUGGUUCCAAACCCGAAAUUAAUAGUACAAAUCCAUCAACUAAUGAUAAACCAACGUGGCCGUCUCUUGUAAGCAUUGUCUCACUAGAAGACAUUAAAAGUAAAUGGCCAAAUGUCAGUAAGUGGACAAAUCUAAUGGCAAAUUGUACAGCAAAGAGUGCAGUAUGUUUAUUAUAUCUAUUUCUUUUUCUGCAUAAACUUUGAGUAUUUUGUGUACUUUUAUUAUGUACUAUUCUAUUAUAGAACCAAGAAGACCAAAGUAGAACUAUAUCUAGAGAUGGACGACUAGGAAAACCCAUGUGGAAAUAAUAUAUUUAAUACAAUGUCAUAAUAUUUUUAUACACAAACGAAUUUUUUAAAGAUUGUACUAAAUUAUUUGUAUAUUUUUAUUUUUAUAAAAUAUAUAUAUUUAUUUUCUAGAUAUAAAUAAUAAAAAGAUAUUCUAGUAUA